GUGACAAUGUGGAGCAGGGAAGAGUCGAGAUAGAAUUGAAGCAAGAGACCCCUACGCUUGAGCAUCGUCCGGCCAGCCACAACUCCGAGCUCUUCGAAAACUCCGGAGCCUUCCCAGACUUCCAAUUUUCCACCGUCGGAUUUGAGCGCCACUCGAGCAUCCUGCGGCCUCAAAUCGCUCCAUGAUGAGCGCGAGAAAAAAUGCGAGAAAUCCUCUCAGUGAUCUCAUAUCUUUUGGAUGAUCGAGAGAGCGAAGGCUUCCUGGCUUUGGCGCUGUGAUGGAUCCUCGCUCCAUGGAUUUAUAAGCUGGGAGAAUUCGUGCAUGGAGGUAGCGUGCCUGCAAGGAAAAGUUUUCACAGAAAGAGGGAAAUGACACUGCUCCACUGCUCCGCCAUGGCAGCUCCUGGGCGAUCGUUUGCCCUAAUCUCUGGGCGCUAGCCCUAAAAACCGGGGCAUACUGUUCUUCUCUCCAAGAUGCCCUUCACGGGCAUGAGGCAGCGCGGUAGGGUUCUUACUGGACAGCGCACUCGAUCUGGAAGCUAGGGUUUCCAUGACGCCUUGAUCCACGCGCCGCAUUCUUCCUGGAUCGGCGGCACUCUCAGGUUCGCAAACUUCUCUAGAUCUGAGGCGUGCGCGGCCCGUGCAGUGAUCGAUGACCGCUCGUGCAUAGCCAGGAUCGAUCGAUCGACUCGCCCGCCCUAAGAUCUCCAGGAUGGAGGAGGGAAAUCCUCAAGAGAUCGCGGUGGCCGGCCCAAGCCGCGAUCGCCCGGCGGAUUUCUCUGUGCCGCGCAAGAAGCGCGCGAUGAAGAGCCAGCCCCGGCAAAUGCAGAGCAGCAUCGACGUCCUGGCGGAGGUCCUGGCGGAGCGAUGCGGCGAUCCCGAGGGGGCGGUGUGCGAGUCCGAGGAGAUCGAGGAGGACGAUGGCUGUGGUGGCGAGGACGAAGAGGGCGGCAGCGAGGACACCAAUCCCGACGAUAGCACCGCCCGGAGUAGCGGGCUGGACAAGGAUCGAGGAGGAGGAGCAAAGAAGCGGGGCAUGGAGCCUUACAAGUUCACGCGCUGUAAGCUCAAGAACCGGCACUUCCUCCGCGAGGGACAGGGGCUGGCGAUGAUCCGGAGCCUUGGGCUCGAGCAGUUCUUGCUCCACACCGAGGUUCCCAGAUUCAACAAGAGCUACUGCACGGAUUUCAUCACGACUUACAGCCACCACAAAGGUGCCGGGGUGGUGAAUGGCCGGCUCAUCAAGAUCACUGCGCAGGCCGUGAGGAAGCUCACGGGUCUCCCUCUUGGAACCCGAGGCGAGCGAGCCAUCGUUCACGACGUCCGGGCGGAGGAUCUUCCGGUGAUGGACAGGCUCAUUCCGGGGCUCAAACGGACGAGCUAUGGAUACGACUUGCGGUAUCUGCGAUACAAGGACCAAACCGAGACGUUCGUGGCAGUGGCGAGUGCUCUGUCCGAGAAGCUGGUCUGCCGGACUUUCAAGCUGACUUACAUCAAGGGGGCGAUCAUCCUGGCCAUGGAGACGUCGCUGCGGCUCAAGGUGCUCAUGCAGUGGGCCGACUUCAUGGCCGAGACGAUCAAGAACGCGAUCAAGCUGACGAAGCUGAGGACGAGGAACGUGAGGUUUGCGUUUGGCGAGUGGCUGACGGGGAUGAUCGAGAACGCUCUCGGGGAGGAGCUGGAAGGGGAGAAGGGAACCGGACUGGUGGAGAACGGGUGCAGCGGCUCCCAGGGUGAGAUGAAGUUCCAGGAGAAGGAGGAGCCGAUGGAGAACGACGUUGCUUUGCUACUCAUGGCGGCAGCUCCAGCUUUAGCCCCAGCUCCAGAGAGUGUGCUUGCGAUCGAAGCUCCACAGCAGCAGCAGGAAACGCUGCCGCUCGUCGCUCUAACGCCUCACAAGAUCAAGAAGCGCGUGAGAACAGCGAUGCCAACCACGACGGCGUGCGGCAGCGACUCUACGAGCGAGGAAGUGAAGCGUCUCCAGCAGCAGCUAGCCGACGCCGAGAGACGGGAGCGAUGGUACGUGACGAUGAAUCUCAGCAUGGCCCGCGAGCUGGAGAGGCUGAGGCUGGAGCUGGAGUCGGUCAAAGGCGGGCAGAGCGCGGCGCUGGCCGUGAAAGACGCGGCGGAGCCGAGGGAGCCAGCGGAGGAAAGCAAGGAAAUGCCACUGGCUCUCAGGAGCUCCACGCCGAGGAACGGAGAGGAGGCACAGAUCGACAGGGUCAUCGAGAGCCUGGAGAAGAAGAGCGCUGUCCACGAGCAGGAGGUAUCACGGCUCAAGCAGGAGCUGGAGGAGCAAAGAAAACUCAUCGAGCUGGUCAAGAGGAGCCGGGGGAUUCCACUGGAGGCGAUCGAUCGACGCGAGCAAAAGCGAUUGCGUCGCGAGUUGGAGAAGGACAAAGCCAAGACGAAUCCAUCCUAGUGUAAAAAAUUAGCAUUCGUGGAUCGACUAACUUGCGGUGGAAAAAGAAGAAAGAAGAAAGCAAGUUGUGAUAGCGAGACAAAAGAUCAGGCAGCCAAGAUCUCUACUCUCUUUCUCUUCCUUGACGGCGAGCAAUCGAAUCUAAAUCUGAUACUGGUGGUGGUGGUGGUGGCGGUGGAACACCGCGCCUUGGAA